AACUUUUUACUCAGAGACAAGACGCAAUAUUUUGGGCCCGUCACAGAAAACGAUUCUCCCGUGGACAAGUACAGCUACCUCGGCUACUCGGUGACGACGGGCUUCUUUUUCGGCGACUACGUGUCGUACGUAGGCGGCGCCCCGCGCUCCAACGGCACCGGGCAGGUCGUCUUCUUCUCGCGUGCCAAGAUCGGCGAAAGUCUCUUGGUGGUCGACCUCGUCUUGGACGGCGAGAUGUUCGCCUCCAGCUUCGGCUUCGAGGUGCUCGGCCUCGACAUCAAUAGAGACGGGUUAGUGGCCUACCUCAAGUCUGGCAGCCGGGAUCUGUUGAGGCCUCUGCGCUUCAAGCUGUCCUACGAGAUCAUCCAACGAACCCCCUCCCCCUCUCAGGAGGGUCGCCCGCUCCCCAACAUCGACGAUUUCCCCAUCUUGGACCAGCAGGAGGCGGUCAAGAUAUUCCAUGGACAUUUCGUGAAGGAAUGUGGAGACGACGACAUAUGCAACAGCGACCUGCACACUGAGGCGCAUCUUCGGCUGCCGUACGACAAGUCAAAGUCGCACCAAGUGUUCGAGCUCGGCCUGCGCAACGUGGCGCUGCUGGAGGCCUCCGUGACAAACUCUGGCGACCCCGCGUACGAACCGAGCCUUUUCGUGGAGCAUCACGACUCCAUGGCGUUCAGCAUCAAGGAGUCAGACACGGGGAGCUACUUAUGCGUGCCCGUGAGGGCAGACCUGGUACAUUGUACCCUCGGUAAUCCCCUCACCAACUCCACGGGGCCUCUCCUCCUGGCAUUCAAGCCCUCGGGUUUCUUCGACAAGCGCUUCAUCCGCUUCAAGGUCUUCGCCAACUCCACCUCCAACGAGCGCACGCCGCAGGACAACAUCGACCUCGUCCUCGAGAUCCUCAAGCGCGCCGAGGUCUCCAUCACGGGAUCGGUGGAGCCUGAACAAGUGUUCUUCAGUGGAGACGUCGUGGGAGAAACCGGCGUCACCUCUAUUGAAGCCAUAGGUGCUGAAGUGGUGCACAAGUACGUGGUAGACAACAAGGGCCCUUGGCGUGUGGACAGCACGGAGGUGGAGGUCCUGUGGCCGUACCAGGUAGAGAAUUUCAUGCCGCAGGGCAAGUGGCUGCUCUACCUCGUCAACACGCCCACGGUUGACGGUGACGGCGAGUGUGAGGUUGAUCCCAAAUACGUCAACCCGGUUGGUCUGCCAUGGAAACGUUCACCAAUUUAUUCCCCUUUUGAGGACGUUGCUGGGGAAGCAGAGGUAACCACGGUUCAGAAACCCCCCACGCCCGCCCCAGUCGUGGGGCAGCCCGAAGAUGCUGGGACCUUAGUCUCAUCUCAGUCCAGUAACCGCACGACCAUCAAUAAAACAAUAUCUACAAGUUCUACUGUGAAUACUGUCCGUUCCGAAACAUCGAAGACCACUAAAGAAGAUAAAUCUGUUUCUUCGAGUUCUGUUCAUGAAUCUCACAGCAGCGGAGAUGAUGAGUAUUAUGAUUAUGAUUACGGUGAUGAGUAUGGCCAGCCUCGCCACUCUAAUCCCUCGAAUGUGGGUCCGGUGGGCACGAGAACACAUUCCCGUGUCAGCCGUCGAGACUAUUCCAUAAGAACAAGAUCCCGCAAUCAAGAUAACAAUCUCUUUGGUGAAGAGCUUCCAGAAAGCGUUUCUCGGCUUCCAGACACACGUCAAGAUAACAGGCCUCUUUCCGAAAGAGAUCGUAGCAGGGAUUCAUCAUCUGGCCGUGAUCAGUACGAUCGAACUGUCACGUCUUAUCGGACUUCUUCAGGCAGUAACCGACUUGAUGGAGACCGCAGUCGAGAUUGGUCACGCACUGAUGGUGAUUCAAGAUAUGUAGAUCCUCUCUCAUUUUCUGAAGGUCGACGUUCAGGCUGGUCAUCGUCAACAAAAAGAGAAAAGUCAACUCGUAUUCACUCAACAAGCGAAAGUGGUGAAAUCCCAUCACGAAGAUUUGGCAGCGAACGAUCAAAUUUCAAUGAAAGAAAUGAUAUCUCAGAUCGCAUAGGGGAGGUCGACGCAGCCGAAUCUGAGGAUGGGACUCGCUAUGAAUCGCGUACUUUUGACGGUGGACGCGGACGGGAAGUUAGAAAAUGGAGCAGCAAUAGCUACACUGACCCAGACGGCUCGCUUCGAACCGAGGACAAAAAUGAGCUUCAUAGAACACAUACAUCGGUAAGUCCACACUCCGAAGGUUCCGAAGACCUAAGAAAUACGAGUCGGUCAGAACAAUCAAGAAGGAUAUACACCUCAAAAGUUAGCUCAUCGACAAAUUCAAGAGACGGGAUGGAUAGAGACUGGGAAGGAUCUCGGUCUAACGAUGGUUAUAGAGAGCGAGCCGAGGUCGAUCGAUACGCUUCAUCGGUAGGUGGUGGUGACGAUAGAGUUAGAUUUUCUUCCUUCGAUGAUAGAUCGAGACAUGAGGAUUCAAGCAACCCUAGCCUUGAUCGGGACUCUGGUUGGAGAUCUCGCACGUUCGACGGAGGAAGGGGGCGGGAAGAUAGAAGACGAACCAGCACCUCCUCCACUGGCGAAGACGGUUCCCGAACCAGGCAUGAAAAAACUGAGAUUCGCCGCACCCACUCUGAAUCGUAUUACAAUCCUGAAUGGAAUGAUCGCAACGUUGAUUCCAGGAAAACUGAGUAUUCUAAACGUGUGUCUAGCUCCCGCACGAGUACUAACGUAGGAACUGACCAAGAUUCAAGACCUGGUUCGGGUGUUCAUGGUCAAACGUAUGAUAGCAGAGAUCGAACAAAUUAUAGACCGUCAAUUUCUAGUUCUCACCCCAGCAAUAAUGCCAUAGAUGCUGAUACUGAUUCGGUCGCUCAAAGCUCAGGUUCAAGUUCUACAUUCGCUGGUCGAGCAUCUUCUGGGUACAACUCUGAACCAGUUAAUGAAAAUUCUUUAGACGUUUCUCAUCGUCGAACCUACUCACCGUUUGAAGAAGAUUCGAAUCGUUCCCAUCACACUUAUCAUUCAAGCAGAACUGUAACAUCUUCUGACAAUAUCUUGCCGAGAACUGAAGCGAGAUGGCGUUCUGGAGGAUUCCGGAAGAGUGGAACGGACGACAAUACCCCAUCUUCGUCGGGUAAUCCUUCCUCUUCAAGAAGUGGCGAAAAUAGCUGGAGCAUUGGAAGCGAUAGAACCAGUGACUCCUCAAGGAGCAACAGUAGAGGUGGAGCUAACAGAAUUAGUGACCAUUCAGAAAAUCUAACUUGGAGUAUAACUGACGACAGAUCUCAAGGUUUGAGAAAUGGGUGGAGCACCUCUGGCUCUCAGGGCAGCAGCAGAAGCAUAAGUGAUGAUAAAUCAUCUCACGAUACUGACGACGAUUAUGAGUAUUACGACUACGAAAAUGAGAUCGAUGGCGACCACAACCCUGGCAAAACUUUCACCAGAACUGAGAUCGACGGUAAAACUGGUGAAGCCAAAGUGUAUUCUCGCCGUGACUUCGAUGGCCAAGCCUCUCAGUGGAGAGAAGUUGAUUCUUUGGAUCCGUUGAAGGAAUCAUCAAGUAGAGGAAAUGAAUUUCUAGCGAACACCCACAACAACGGUGAGCUGCGACACUCACUGAGACGUGUCAAGAGGGACAAGGAGAUGGUGGUCCAACCUGAGGCCUUCACAGACGACCAGACUGGGCGGACUCUGCAGGCUGUUACCUUGCGUUGUACCGGGGACGUGCCGACGGCCAAGUGCAUCCCCAUCCGCUGCACAAUCCGCAACUUGGGCGCCGAGAGCUCGGCGAGCAUCCGUAUUGUGUCGCGGCUGUGGAACGCGACGCUCGUAGAGGACUACGCGCACGUGAACCUCGUCAACGUGCAGUCACGUGGCGAACUUUUACUGCCAGAAGACAUCCGCUCGAGACAAGAUGAAAGUGACGACGUUGCUGUGGCAGAGACCAAGGCUUAUGCCAACCUGCUGGAGCAGCCGCAGUCUGUGCCUCUGUGGGUGAUCUUGGUCUCAGUCUUCGCAGGACUCCUGCUGCUCGCCCUCAUUAUUCUCAUACUCUGCAAAAUGGGAUUCUUUGAAAGAAAAAGACCGGACCCAACGCUUUCCGGUAACUUGUCAAAGAAUGGGUAUUAAUACAUGUCCGUUUUAGACAAGUUAUUACAAUUCCGCUCCUAGCACCUGCUCAUCCCUGACGACGCCCCGAAGUUUGUAGCUUGUGGAGUAUCACGAAAGGUUGUUUAUUAAUGUAACUUUUAGCUCACGAAGCCGUGCCAAUUCACGCUGCCAUUUUUAUUUGCCGGUAUUUAGCGAGUUUUUCAUGUGUAAAUAUUACUUGCUUUUCUGGAGGGAAAAUUUCCUCCCACUCACAAUAUACGCGCUCUGAAGUCGCUUCUCUAACGCAUUUUAUGUCUAACUUUAACGCUUAAUGUCCUAACCGUUUGAGUGUUGCACUCAUCGUACCUCAAUUUUAUUCACUGUUUGGUAAUUCAGAUAAAAUAUUUAUAUCCGUUUGUUUGUUUGACUUCGUAGGAGAAUUUGUGCCGUAGAGGACACUUUUUUGAACGCGCAAUUGGUAUAAAAAUCUCAUUUAAUUUACUAGAUGUAUGUACAUUUUUUUAAAGAAAGAGACCAUCAAUAUGUCUCGGCCUAGCCAUCAAUAUGUCUUCUAAAUAACAGUUUCGUUAUAUAAAAUUUAUUGAGAUGAAUGUAUUGUUUUUAGUAAGGUCACAUCUUUCAUAUCAUACUGAAUAGUAAUGCAGUAAUGCAUACAUAACUUCAUGCUAACUUGUUAUGCAUACAUAACAUCAUGCUAAUUUGUUAUGAACACAUUGGAUUAAUUUAAUUUACAUCCUGGUUCGAUUUAAGAGUAUGGAAUCAUUCGCAUAAAUUCACCGAACAUCCGAAAAUACUCCACGUCCGAAACUUUUCAAAUGGAAAUGGUCCGUUCGCUCCUUGGUAUUAGUGCUACUCGAGCUAAAGAAAUGUGCAGUUUAUGUUCAACAGAGGCCGUAUUAUCAAAAAUUUCUAGCUCAUAGGUCCGUCAGCCAAUCACUAACGGCUUUUCAAGCUAAACCCAACAGUCACAUGCAGACACGAAACCGGCCGUUACGUGUACUUGAGUCGCUACGUGUACUUGAGCCGUUACCCUAACAAAAGUUUGAUAGGUACGGUGGCGACCCUGCUUUAUGUGCCGCCCUGGACUCGGGGGGCACGUAAAUCAGCCGCUCAUUUCCGCUUCGGCUCAGGGUUUGAAUGACAGC